AACACCAUGUUCCAGAAGCGGCAACUACGCAUCAUUUAUCUGGUGAUUCUGAUCAUCGUGAUAGUUCUGAUCUACAAAAGCUUCACCCAGCACAAACCGAACGACGAGGAUGUGGAGCAAACGUCCGGUGGUGAGGCUAUGCUAAAACCGAACGCCCCCGUAUACGUCGUGGUGUACUAUGAAGCGUUGUGUCCGGAUUCGAAAAAUUUUGUCCUCCACCAACUACUGCCGGCCUACGAACGAGCGCCAGAACUAAUGGACAUAGAGUUUGUGCCUUUUGGUAAAGCUUCGUGGACCACAAAGUCGGACGGAUCGCUCGAGUUCGACUGUCAGCAUGGUCCGAUCGAGUGUGAAGCGAACACGAUCCAUGCGUGCGUCGUGGAAGCUGUACGGGAACCCAAAACACGUCUCGACAUGGUGGCCUGCAUGAUCAAGAACAACAUUAUCCCGCGUGACACAUUCUACCGGUGUGCCAAGGAGCACGGCGUGGAGAUCGAAUCGAUCAAGAAGUGUUACGACAGUCCGCACGGUACCGAACUGCUGAAGGUGCACGGCGAGGCAACGCACGCCCUACGACCGGCCGUUACGUUCAUACCGACGGUAACGCUGGACGGAGCGCAGUACGUUCAGAAAUCGAUCCUGAAGGAUCUGUUCGGUAACGUGUGCCAGGUGGUGUCGGGCCGUGGACCGAAGCCGGAUGUGUGCAAAUGAUAGCAGCUAGUGUUACACUUCCUUGCGCGCUACUUACAAUCCGAGGUGCUGGACGAAGUUCGGCAGCUGCCGGGACAGCUACGGCGAGGAUUGUUUUGGUUGCUAAACUAAAUUUGUGCGCGGU